UCUGCUCCCCCUCCCUCAUUCCAUUUCUACUCCUCCCAACAAAGACUUCUCUCCCCAGAGUUGACAGGACGGAGUUGGGGAGUUUUCCUCCAGCCGGGGAUGGGCGACCAAGAGCAGCUGAUGGGAGCCGGGAGCGCUGCCUGGACCAGGGCCUGUUGCGUCCCAGCUGUGAUUCGGGAGGAGGUCCGGCAGCUGUUCCUCCUGGCUGGGCCUCUGGUGUUGACCCAGGUGAUGAAUUACACCUUGAACUUCAUCAGCUCUGCAUUCAGUGGACAUCUUGGCAAGUGUGAACUGGGGGCCAUCUCCCUUGCUGCUUCGAUGAUCGGAGUGACGGGAGUGGCAGUGGGAACAGGUCUCUCCAUGGCGUGUGACACCCUGAUACCUCAGAUGUAUGGCAGCAAAAAGCUGAAGCGAAUUGGAGUUGUCAUCCAGAAGGCCAUCCUGAUUCUCAUGAUCUUCCUCUGCCCCUGCUGGGCCCUCUUUAUCAACACAGAGAAGAUCCUAUUGGCUGCUAAGCAGGACCCCGAGGUGGCCAGGUUAUGCCAGCUUUAUGUGAAGAUAUUUAUCCCCGCUCUCCCUGCUGUAUUCCUGUAUCAGAUCCAGGUCCGCUAUCUCCAGAACCAGGGAAUCAUUAUGCCCCAGGUACUCAUUGGGCUGGUGACCAACGUCCUCAGCGUGAUAAUGAACUACAUCUUCCUGAUGGUACUGAAACUGGGCGUGCUGGGCUCAGCUUGUGCCAACCUCAUUGCCCAAUACUGCCAGAUCGCCUUUCUGCUUGCCUACAUCAGAUGGAGGAAGUUAUAUCUCCACAUCUGGGGAGGGUGGACAGUGGACUGCCUACAGGAGUGGGGCCCUUUCCUGCAACUGGCCAUCCCCAGCAUGGUCAUGUUUUGCAUUGAGCUCUGGGCUUACGAGAUCGGGUCGUUCCUGGCAGGGCUGAUCGACCAGGUUCAGCUUGGGGCACAAGCUGUUAUUUUGCAGUUCUUAACGAUCUUGUACAUGAUUCACGUUGGCAUUGGGAUGGCAGCUGGGGUGCGUGUCGGGGUGGCACUGGGGGCAGGGCUCCCACAGCAAGCGAAGGUCUCCGCACUGACUGCUUUGGUUUGCACAGGGUGUGUGGCUCUAAUUCUCAUGGCCCUCCUGCUGUUGCUGAAGGACGUUAUACCCAAAAUCUUCACUAAUGAUCGGCAAAUUAUUGAUCUGGUUUCGAGCAUAAUACCGAUCCUAGCUCCUUUCCACCUGUGCGAUGCCAUAGGCACGGGAGUUGCCGGUGGGAUCAUCCGAGGAAUUGGAAUGCAGAAGAUCGGAGCUAUUGCUAAUCUAGUGGUGUACUAUGUCAUUGGGAUCCCUGUUGGAAUUUCAUUGAUGUUUGCUGUAAAGCUCGGAAUUCUCGGCCUUUGGGUGGGAUUGGCCGUCAGUACCUUUCUGCUGUCUGUUUUCGCCUUGACGGUCAUCUUCAGGAUGGAUUGGACUGCAGCAGCAGAAGAGGCUCAAGAGCGAACGGGACUGCGGGCGAGGUUGGGACCCGACACAGCAGCUGAACUGCACACCACUGCAGACAGUGGUGUCACAGGUGACACCUCGGGGUUAUUCCAGAGUUCCGAAGAGACAGCUCAGCCAGUGGGCAGCCCUCUGGUGGUGGUGGGAAGCCUAUCACAGGACAUCUUGUCACCUGCUCAGCUGAUCGUCCGCCGGGGACUCCUCGUACUCGGUGCACUGGUGACCCUGGCAGUCGGGAUUGCCGUACACUUCACUGAGCUGUAGGAAUCUCACCGAUGUAUCAGACACAAAGACAUAGCUCGCGGUACAGGUGCUGUUUAUACGGGCUCCAUUCCCUGAAACCAAGCCUAGUUUGAAAUGAAGAGAAGAACCAUGAACGUUUGAGUCCACCUUGUAUUUUGCCCUAUUUCAGAAGGCUGCCGUGCUUCAAGGCAUUUUUCUAGUGUACAAAGCUGCAGUGUCCUUACUGUGAAGGAACAGCUGCCUGCUAAUCAGUGCUGAAUACUGUGAGCUGGUUACUCUCCAGAUCUCCGACAGAAAUUGUUCUACGUUGAGUUCUUGGAAACC